AUGGCGAACCCUGAGGUGGCUGGAAACAGCUGCAGCUCCCACCAGGAUGAAAGUCCCUGUGCUUUCCACCAGAGCUCAUCCCCCAGCGAGGAUCUUCUCUUAGAAGACCAGAUGAGGCGGAAACUCAAAUUCUUCUUUAUGAAUCCUUGUGAGAAGUUCUGGGCUCGGGGUAGGAAGCCAUGGAAACUUGCCAUACAAAUUCUGAAAAUCGCAAUGGUGACUGCCCAGCUGGUCCUGUUUGGACUAAGUAACCAGAUGGUAGUAGCUUUCAAGGAAGAGAACACUAUAGCCUUCAAACACCUUUUCCUAAAAGGAUACAUGGAUCGAAUGGAUGACACAUAUGCAGUGUACACUCAGAAUGAUGUGUACGACCAGAUCAUCUUUGCAGUGAACCAGUACUUGCAGCUUCGUAACAUUUCUGUUGGCAACCAUGCUUAUGAGAACAAGGGGACGAAGCAAUCGGCUAUGGCAAUCUGUCAACACUUUUACAAGCGAGGAACCAUCUGUCCCGGGAAUGACACCUUUGACAUCGACCCAGAAAUUGAAACAGAAUGUUUCCUUAUAGAGCCUGAUGAACCUUUUGAUAUCAGAACACCUGGAGAAAAUAAACUCAACCUGACCCUGGACUUCCAUAGACUCCUGACAGUGGAGCUUCAGUUUAAGCUGAAAGCCAUUAACCUGCAGACCGUUCGCCACCAGGAGCUUCCUGACUGUUAUGACUUUACUCUGACUAUAACAUUUGACAACAAGGCUCACAGUGGAAGAAUCAAAAUCAGUCUAGAUAAUGACAUUUCUAUCAGAGAAUGCAAAGACUGGCAUGUAUCCGGGUCAAUUCAGAAGAAUACCCACUAUAUGAUGGUCUUCGAUGCCUUUGUCAUUCUGACCUGCUUGUCCUCGCUGGUGCUCUGCGCCAGGUCUGUGGUUAGGGGUCUUCAGCUUCAGCAGGAAUUUGUCAGCUUUUUCCUUCUCCACUAUAAGAAGGACGUUCCUGCCUCCGACCAAAUGGAGUUCAUCAAUGGAUGGUACAUCGUGAUUAUCAUCAGUGACAUACUGACCAUCGUCGGGUCAGUUCUGAAAAUGGAAAUCCAAGCCAAGAGUCUCACAAGCUAUGAUGUCUGCAGCAUAUUUCUUGGGACUUCGACCAUGCUUGUGUGGCUUGGCGUCAUCCGAUACCUGGGUUUCUUUGCGAAGUACAAUCUCCUUAUUCUGACGCUCCAGGCAGCGCUGCCCAACGUCAUCAGGUUCUGUUGCUGCGCCGCUAUGAUCUAUUUAGGUUAUUGCUUUUGUGGAUGGAUUGUGCUGGGCCCUUACCAUGACAAGUUCCGGUCUCUGAACAGGGUCUCCGAGUGCCUCUUCUCUCUGAUAAAUGGAGAUGAUAUGUUUUCCACAUUUGCAAAAAUGCAGCAGAAGAGUUACCUGGUUUGGCUGUUCAGCCGAAUCUACCUCUACUCCUUCAUCAGCCUCUUUAUAUACAUGAUCCUGAGCCUUUUCAUUGCGCUGAUCACAGACACGUACGAAACGAUUAAGCACUACCAGCAAGACGGCUUCCCAGAGACAGAGCUCCGAAAGUUUAUAGCAGACUGUAAAGACCUCCCCAGUUCUGGAAAAUACAGAUUAGAAGAUAACCCUCCAACAUCUUUAUUCUGCUGCUGCAAUAAGUGA